GAUUAUAAAUGGUCAAUUCCUUUCAUUCUUGUAGUACAGUCCAUCGGUAACCUACUAGGUACCGUAUUUGUGGGUUUUAGAUGUUAUGGGUGUAUGAAAUUCAGAGGCUUCAGCUUGAAGUCACAUAAUUGGAACCUCACAAAAGAAAAGUAUUGGACAGACAAGUUGCGUGAAUGGAAAAAAGCUUGUACUAAUCGAUAUCGUAUAGCAGCAGCUGCUAGUAGUAGUAAUUAUCCUGCAGCUAGAUUACUUGUUAACAAAUGCGUCUAUUUUAUGACAAACUGGGGGCUAAGCAUUUGCAUUGGUCUUCAGAGUACAUUUGUUUUAGUCAUCCAAAUUUGCAUGCUCUAUCCUGUAUGGGGCCUAAGAGCGUUAAUGAAAAGGCCUUGCUGCCGGGUACCAACUACACCGGCGGUUGCAAUAAGUCAAAUUGAAGACCUAAGCGGUUAUGUUUUGCAACUUGAUGAUGAGAUGAAAGCUUCUCCAGAAGUUGUAGAGCAAAUCUCACGCUCUAUGAAAUUCCGGAUUGAGAGCGCCAAGGAUAAAGAAAACAACAAAGUAUUUAACAACAAUCUUUUAGAGCUUCUUGCUGCCAAGCGGCCUGAUGAUGAUGGAUUCAAAGGGGUUGAAAUCUUCGACGACGACGACGAUCAAAUAAAGCUUAGUAGCAGCUGGAGUGUACCAGUAAUAACCUUAGCAUCCAUUGCCAUUUCUUCUGUCCCCGGUAUUGCUAAGGACCAAGUUCAAAGCUUGAUUCAAGCUAUCGAUGAAGCUCUUUUGUGUAUUCAUCCUGUGGAGGAAAGCUUCGACCGCGCAAAUGAAUUUGUAAAUAUCCGUAAGGCCGCAACGACAUUGUGGGUCGACGCUAAAGCCACCACCACUGGGGCACACACGAUCGACUUUCCCAAUGAUGAUCAGUCGAGUAGUAGUAGUAGUGCUGCUGGUUUAUUAAUGCGGCGUAUUAAACGCUCAAUCUCGUCUAAGUACCCAGAAGAAAUCCAGACGAACGAGCGUUUCUUCCGACUUUUGCGUAGCAUGAUUGCAGACGUAUUGGUUGCUUGCUUCUCCAACCUACCACGAGUGGUUAUGAUGAAAUGCCAUGCAAAUGAGAUUGAGAAACGGGAGGCAAGUGUUGAGGCUGCAGUCAAACUUCUUGUCCAGAGUACAAAGAUAAUAGAAAAACUUGAAGAAUGCCAACUACCUGCAGGUCUUGAUCCAGACAAAAUGGCAUCCAUUGAGGAGUGGAUUAUUCAUUUGAAGCAACCUUGAAAUUCGAUCAUUACCUUCAACACGUGAUGUAUAUCCAAGAAUUCAGCUGUUCCGCUGGACGAUCUAGCUAUCAUUUAUUUAAGACGUUUUGUUCUGUAACAUUAUGUGUAUAUCACGGAGGCUUUCUUAUUUAGCUAGCUUCUAGUAGUAUUUCUGUUGAAUAUACAGUAUCUACUAUAUAUAUUUGCAAGUCAUGUGUGUUGUAAUAUAAUGCUUCCAACAUUUAUGUA